GAGUCGAAGCGCAAUUAGAGGCGAUUCGUCAUCAAUGGUCUGGAGAAACUUCUGACAGUUUUGGCUACAUUCAAUCAUCCGUUUUUUCUUUUACCGCUUGUCCCUUUCGGGAGGGCGGGGGGUGCUGGAGCCUCACCAAACUCAAGUUGUGACUCGAUGAAGGAUUUAUUGGCGUGUUUUGUCGUGUUCGCGUGGGCCGGGUCGUCCACCAGCGAGGCACUCAGAGGGUGUUGUCUGACAGAUGUGCUGGCGGCCUACUCGCAGGGUCACGGCCCUCAGCACUCCCAUCGCUACGUCAGAGACUGUCAGCCCGUCGUCCACGGCAACACCACGCAUGAGACCUGGACCUCCAACAAGGACCCUUUGCUGCCCGUGGCCGAGUCCCACGUGUUUGUGUCACAUCUGCAGAACAGAGUAGUGAGCGGUCACGUCACCGUGGUCAACGACCCGCUCAGGACCGUGACGGUGCUGGAGCCCGGUGGUCCAGGAGGCUGCGACCUUCGCAAGUUUGCCUCGGUGGAGGAAAGUGCGCAGGCGGGCGGGUGUUUGUACGCCCUGAACGCCGGUUUCUUCUACCCCACGGGCGAGUGUCUGGGUAACGUGGUGAGCGACGGUCGGCUGGUGAAGAGCGACGGUCGGCUGGUGAAGAACAGCGGCGGCAUGCAGAACGCCCAAUUUGGCAUCAGGAGGGACGGCACUCUGGUGUUUGGGUACUUGUCUGAAGAAGACAUCCUGGACCAGUCCAACCCCUUUGUCCAGCUGGUCAGUGGUGUGGUGUGGCUGCUCAGAAAGGGUCAAGUCUACAUCUCGUCCAGUCUAAAGGCGGAGUGUGACAAGUUACAGGGCUCUGGUGAGUUCAGUUAUUUCAUCGACGUCGUCUCUGCGAGGACGGCCGUGGGCCACGACGCUCAGGGCAGGCUGAUCCUGUUCCAGCUGGACGGGAAGACCGGAAAACGAGGAGUGAGUCUUUGGGAGAUGGCUGACCUGAUGAAGGAGAAGGGAGUCAUCAACGCCAUCAAUCUGGAUGGAGGCGGGUCUUCCACUUUUGUGUCCAAUGGCUUAGUAGCUAACGCCCCGUCUGACGAUUGUGAAGCAGACAAGCGUUGUGCUCGGCGAGUCUCCACCAUCUUGUGUGUCCACCCACGCCGCUGCCAGCUGUCAGACGGCGCUUGUGUGUGUGACGCCGGGUGGAGAGGACACAACUGCAGCCAAGCCACAGACGACACAACCUUGAAGAUGGAAGACAACAUUUACCUGACAGAAUCACCGUGGCUGACGGUCUGCGUCGUCCUGAGCGCCGUGCUGCUGUUGUGUUGCCGGCGGUGCCUCAGCAUGGCGACCACGCUGGCCUGCCACCAUCUUCGGCGCCGCUGCCCUGGAGGAGUCCAGGAGAGUGUUUAGGGAUAAUGGACUCUGGAGUUGACAUGGCUUGAAUCUUCUGGUGGGGAAAAAAAGGACUCCUCUUCCUCCUAUCUCCUGUGCUUCCUGAGGUCGACGAUGAUCUCCUCGGUCUUGUCGACGUUCAGGACCAGGUUGUUGGUUCUGCACCGGUCAACCAGAUGUUUCACCUCCUCCCUGUAGUCCAUGUCGUCGUCGUCCCGGACGAGGCCCACUACUGUCGUGUACUUCCCAAUGUGGACCUGGCGCAGCAGUCAUGGACUCAGGACUCAGCCCUGGGGGGGAGUCGGUGCUCAGGGAGAUGGCACUGGAGGUGUUGUCGCCCACUCUCCCAGACCGGGGUCGGUCUGUGAGGAAGUCAAGCAGCCAGUUUCAUAGGGACUGGUCUAAUAUUAAACAAAAAAAACAAUCUGAAGUUCUCAUGCCAUGAUUUUACCAGUCCGGCCCGCUUGGGAAUAGAUGUUCCUCCAUGUGGCCCCUGGGCUAAAAUGAGUUGGACACCCCUGGUUUCAAGGGUACUGUUGUUGUUGCGUGGGGUUCACCACAGUCGGUCAGUUUCCUUGUUUGUGCCGGUUUUUCCCACACACACCUCUGCACUUGCCCUGUUCCGUGCCUGGUGGAAGCUUUUCUUCUCGAUCUUGUACUGUGGGAUGGAUUGUGGUUUUUCCUGUAGCUUGUCAUGGCGAUUCCAUCUGGCAUCACAGUCUUCAAGGUUUUCUUGGGACUUCAGGCAG